UCUCAUGCAAACUAAUAUAAAUACGGCUUAAUUCUAAGCCAGGGACACUAUUUUUUACGAUUUCUCUGUGAUGGAAUCUUAUCCAAUGAAGAAAGGAAAAUAGGAGUGUGAGUAUAUAAAUAGCAUAUUAGUUUCUCGUUUCUUCCCACAUCUCAUACCCAAAAAGUAUCAGUUCAUAAAUAUUUGCGUUUAAUCAAAUUGUUUGUAUAAUUGGAAGAGAAAAAUGGGUGUUUUUGCAAAAGAAGCAGAGGUUAGUACCCCACUCCCACCUGCCAAGGCGUUUAAGGCCUUUGCUGUUGAUCUGGACACCCUAAUGCCCAAGGUUGCCCCACAAGCAAUCAAGAGUGUGGAGCUCCUUCAAGGAGAUGGUGGCGCUGGAACUAUCAAGAAGAACACCUUUGCCGAAGGGUAUGGAUUCACAUAUGCGAAACACAGAGUCGAUGUAUUAGACAAAGACAACUUGUUAUACACUUACGUUGUGAUCGAAAGCGAUUUUUUUAACAACGUGGUGGAGAAAAUCAGCUACGAGACCAAGUUUGUAGCAGCAGCAGAUGGAGGAACAAGUAUUAAGAUAACUACCACGUUUUACGCCAUUGGUGACAUUCAGAUCACUCCAGACCUAAUGCUUCAAAUCAAGGAAGCAUCCGAGAAGCUAGCCCUUGUUUUGAAAGCUAUUGAAAAUUAUGUGUUGGCAAAUCCCGAUUUCUGAAACUCUACUUUCAUGGCGUUCAACGUUUAAUGGUGAGGUUUGGAUGAUGUUUCAUGUUUUGUCUUACCCAAAAACCGUGUUUGAUUGCGUAAUAAGUGAUUUAUCUCUCUAGAUUUCAUCAUUUCUAUUUCCAUUGUAAUAAGAUUAGAUUUCAUCAUUUCUAUUUCCAUUGUAAUAAGAGUCUUCUGAGUCGUUUCAAAAAUAUAUAUUUUAUGGUUCAGGACAGUAACACUGUUAUUAUUUAAUAGAAAUAGGCAAUGAUUGGUUGAGUUAACAA